GCCUGCCGAAAGCUGUUAUCCACGUAAGACGCCAUUGUUUUGGAAGACACCGUCUGGAGGAGAUUGUUGAUAAACAAGGAGGAAAUGUUGAGAGAUAUCCAGAGCCACGGGUUGAGACAAAAGAAGCCCCCCUGCUGUCCUCGCCUUAUUCCCGUCGCCUGAGCUCCGAAGCUAGCGGAUAAGCUGGGAGUGCCCGGAGCCAGGCCACGACUGGAGCCAGACAGACGAGCAGUCUCCUCGGGGGUGUCUGUGUCUCUCUCUCUAUCUGAGCCGAAAAAACGUCCGUGGAAACUUUUCUUUUCAAAGCGCGGCUCAAACUGCCCCCCUUAAAGUUGUUUCCUCUGCGUGGAAAAUGCCCCUUUAUUUGAGCCAGCGUUCACCAGAGCCAGUCCUUGUGUCUUCAGCAUUCUGCAACCGACGAAGAAGAAGAAAUUCCGCGUUAAGGUCCACGAGCGCACAAAUACAAGAGUGAGCGAACGGUUACCCCGUCAACAACAACCCGGUGUCCAUCUUGAGAGGUAGAGCCGAACACAUUCACUGAGAGGAACCCUUAAUUUAACAUUUUUACUGGGUCUAAAAGUGGAGACAGGUCCGCCGCCGCUGCGCUCUGUUGUAUGCCACCAUGGUGACUGUCACAGCAGGGUAAAGUCACUCGGGUAAAACGGAUGUAUUUCCGCCAGAGCUUUUCAAAAUAAAGCUCCCAGGAGAAAAACGCGUGAAAUGAUAAUAGGGACACUUUCCUUAAGGAGAUUCAGGGGCGUGAACAGGAGUGGACAGGGGUGGCGAGGGCCUCCAUAUGCCGCGUUCGAGUUACCUUGUAAGUCAGAAGUCCGAGCUGAAAAUGACGUCACACCAGAGUUAUCAGAGUUUCAGUUACCAAGUCGGAAAAAUCAAAAUCGGAGGCCUGAAACAAGAUGGCUACAUCUAUGGAAGUUAUUUCAAUGCUUGCCUUGUCCGAAUAUAAGGCAAGCACUAAAAUAACUUUUGUAGAUGUAGCCAACAAAUUACAAAAAAAACACCUGAAUACAGUCUGAUAAAUGAUAAAAAAUGUGUACUUGUAGUUUAUUAGUUUUCAAAAACAUCUAAUGUAUCAAACAAGAUAAAUACAUAUAUUUGUUAAAUUUUAAGGACAUUUUGACUUUUUUGUUUUACAGUAGUAAGUGAAAUAAACAUUUCAGCUCCAACAAAAUUCAAAUUUUCUGGCCAUAAUUUGUGGUGUCAGGCAUUAAAGGGCUACGCUAUUUGCCCAUCAAUCCUGGUGUCAUUUAACCUGCUCACACAUUGACUGCAGUGUGUCUAACAUAUGAAACCCUAAUGAUGGGGUCUCUAUUGUUUGCUUGCUUGGAGACGUUUGUGUAUGUGGUACUCCUGUUCUGCUUCCGGAACUCCUACAACACUGGGACACAAAUAUUGUCAAGUAUCAGGGUGCAAUGUGGUUUUCACUGGGCACUUUUGAUUAAAAGACUCAAGCGCUUAAAAGUUUGAUUUCCUAAUCAAAUCUUAUUAAAUUAUUCAUAUUGUUGCAUUAUUUUGAAGUCUCGCUAAUUGUAUAUCCUGUCUAGCUGUUAUUGACUUGACAGAGAUUCAGUCACAAGAGGCGGCUCAUGGGCGAGUCCAUAUAACAAAAAAGUGGGAAUAGGGAGCGAGGAGUGCCAUGUGGCAAAGUAAUGCUUUGGGGCCACCUACUGACUUUAUCAGGUACUACAUAUUAUAGCUGAUAGAAAAUGCAUGUUAAAUUUGAUAUUGUCAGAUUUAUCAAAAUUAUAUGAUGAUCCUCAACUGCAAGAGAAGUGAUCAGAUCAAUAAAACUGCCAUGUACCACUCCUGCAUUAUAUCAUUGUAAUAUUAUACAGUCAAAAUACUUCAGUGACUACACAGAAAUGUUCUUGGACACAAAGUACAACAAGUAAAACAGCUCAUGAUGGCGCAUUACUGGAUAAAAUAUUUACCACAACCUCAUGGUAGUGAUGCAAUAGUAUGUAAGCAUCACUAAUGUUGCGCCUGUUUAAACAGGGCUCCCUCUAACUAACUGAUUUGCCAUGUUGUUGAAUUCAUUGUAUUUUCAAUCUUCAAUCCACUUAUCUUCAAUCAGCUCAGGGUUAAACUUAAAUACUUUUCACCAUCCUUGGAUAUUUAAUCAAGCAGGAAUUAAAUAAUUAUACAGCAUAUUAUGAAGAAUAAGAUAAAAACACAGAGUAUGGGUUAUGCAAAUUAUAAAGGCACAGCAAUUAACAGCUGAAACAUUAGGUUGUCAGCUUUAAAAACAACCCCAGGUUCAUCUUUUGGGAGAGCUGCAAUAAGCACAAUUCAAGGCAACAUGAACUGGCAGGGACUGGCUUUAACACCCAGUUAGAGCACAGGGUGCUAAAUGUCAGAUUAGAUAAGCUUAGAUAAGUCUUUAUUGAUCCUCCAGAGAGAACUCCUCCAGGGUUAUAUCAGAGGCUACAGGCUGUAACAAAUGAAGAUCCACUGGGUUAGAUGGUAAAGAAAAGCCAUCAAAGAAUAUAGGUGGUGGUGUUUAAACAGCUGAAAGAAGGUAAAUGACAUGAAAGUAUCAUAUCUUUAUCUGCAUAUAUAAAACAAAUAAAUAUGCAAAAGAUGUCUUUAUGGGGCAAGAGGGAAGACUAUCAUUUUUAUGCGACCCCAGUUCUAGUAAAGUUAGGAUGUUGUGCAAAAUGUGGAUAAAAACUGAUUUCAAUGUUAUUUGAAAGAGGCAUUUGGGAGACACAGAGCCUUUCAGAAGUAAAGAUGAGAAAAGGUUCACUCCUCUGUGAGAGGUGAGAAAAAAGUUUUGCUAUUUCAAAAAUUAUGUUCCUGAGUGUAAAACUGAGAAGAGUAGGAGAUUUACACUCCAAAAUAUCAUUAAAAUAUUCAGAGUUUUGUCUCUGCAUCCACAAAUGCAUGUUAAAACAGUACCAUGCAGAUUAUGUGGACUUUUAAAGGCCUGAACCAGUUUUUAGACGAACUGAUGUUAAGUGGAAAACUAUCUUGUUGUCUGACAUAUAAAAACUUGACAUUUUGGGGGGAAACAAUGCACUCAGUUUACCGCUCUGAAGAAUAGAGGGACCCUCCCUCUCGAUAUCAGCUCAUUUAGGGUUGCAUAAGUGCACAUGGCAAGGCUGGUUCACUCAUCUGGGAAAACAGUACAUUUCUAUUCUUUUAAUGUUUGGCAUGUUUUUUUAACCUACUUCUAAUUACAUAGGAAGUUAAAAGGGUUUUGAAACCAUUAAAUGCUGUUUAUGUUGAUAUUUAACACAGCACCACAAUGGAAUUUGGGUCAUAAUAUAAACAGAUAAGAAUCACUAACAAGGACAACAAAGUGCAAUUUACCCGAGAGGUUGACACUGUGAAGAAGAAAGUGUCAUUAUGUUGUUUAAAAUGUGUAAGUGAUAUGUGUUGGUCAUGCACCAGUAGCAGCAUCCCUUGUCUUUACAAUGUUACCAGGACACAACCACUCACACCAUGACAACCAGUUGUUGCAUGACGACCAAUCAUGGCCCCACGGACAGAGCGGACCGCUGGGCACAAGUGUUCACCCAGGGGCCCACACUAUAGAGGAGCAUCCCGCCUGUAACCACUUUAUACAUGCAUGUAGGAAAAGAUGAAGAAAAAUAUCAGAGCAGCUGCAGGAGGGUCAGAGCGUGGACAGAGGAUGAUUUUUACAGGUAAGAAGAACAUGAAAGGGGUGUAUAAUGCAUAUGAGUAAAAUACAGAUUGAUUUGAGUGGGAUACGAAUGGGUUAAGAGAUGUUUUGUAUUUAUAUCAACACAUUUCCUCUGUUAAAAAAUCUGUGAUACACUGACAUCAGGAUCAGAAUGAUUCAUCAGUGAGAAAACAUGUUGAUUCAGACUGCGUUAACUGAUGCUCCUACGAGAUUAUAUGGAAUACCUCAUGGCAUUGUUCAGCAAUUACAUGAUAUCCAAGCAUAUGGUCUCUGUCCAAGCAAAUAUAACAGUGAUUGGACACAUGAUGGCACUCCAACCAGGGAGAAAUAUAAACUGACAAACUGCCCGAGCAUCUGUGUGCCUGUGGGGAAUUGUGUUAUUGUGCAGAAUCUGGUUUUGUAUGCAUAACAACACCGUACAAUUCAAGCAGAUAAGUGCUUAAAUAUGCACCAGACAAGCUCACAAUAUGGUCGAUGAUUUAUAGAUUUACCCAAAGUUUAAUUUUGGGUGAUUGUAAUAUAAUCACACACUACUACUGAACAUUUUCCAAGAAUGAAUAAUUGAUGUUUUCUUUAUGUUGGUGCUUCUGCUGUGAAUAAACCGAACAUAAGAGAUGUGAGCCUUGCUUCUAUCAACUCCAGAAAGAUAAUUAGCUCUAACGAAUCACCCAAAGCAAAGUGCAAAAAGCAUCUGCUCUUUCAGUUUUGCAACUUAAGCUAAUUAUCUGAUUCCUUUGUCUUUCCUUUUUAAUUAAAUUUUGAUUGAAUUCACACUAAGCUGCUACUGGCACUGAACAAAGGUGACACAGACAGUUUUUCUCACAAUUUAAUGUAAGAUGCAUCGAUUUUUGUCUUUCUUUUACCGACUUUGCAAUGCAUUCCUUUAACUUUUCGAAUGAGGAUUCGUGUGAAUGUUUUAGCACCUUUUUCACACCUCUGCUGCUCUCAACAAGGCCCUGAUGGAAUUGGAGACUACAGACCGAGAUCAAAUUAUUUCCCCUGGUACGUCGGUGUGGGCACCCCAUCACCUGAGGCCACGGGCGAUCUGAGCUACCUGUGCCGAGCUGCACCACAGGCCCCUCCUCCUGCACCCAGGCACAGCUAUGUGGGGGAGGUGGGAUGGGGGUGGCAGUACAACCAGCUGCUUAACAGUGGGACGCUGCGCAGCAAUAUGCAAAUUAAGGUAAUGUGUACAUUCUCUGUUAAUAUGCAUGCAGAAAUACUAACCUUGAGCUAAGGCACCAUGAAUAUCACACAGAGAUCGGCUCAGGAAUUUAAUUUUAGCAUUUUCCCCCUUGCCUCACAAAUGUUGUUUUUAACUGAAGAGAGUUUUUAAAAUGUUAUAAUUUGUUGUUUUUAGUAAUUUAGUGAUGAUAUUUCGUAUGCUGCAUAAAUGGAAGAAAACAGCAUUAAAAUGUUCUAUUUUCUGACAGAAAACUGAAAUCCGUGCAGCCUUGGAGGACAGAGUGACUCAAAGGUUCCAGGAAGAACAGUAAGAAACACUCACACUGGUCACAUAUGUUGGACGUAUUCAGUUUCCUUCUCUCAGAAUCGUGUUACAUGUGGCUCUUUGCACUGUCAGCUGUAUCAGUGAGAACAUCUCAGGUGUGCUCAGAGCUGAGUGACUGCAUUGCAGGUUAUCUGCUCCCCUAAUUCAUAAUGCAACACUUCCACUUUAACAGGAACACACAUCCCUCGAGCUGCAGUGACACUCUCACUCUGUCUGACACACAAAUUACCCAAACAGUCUGUGUUGCUGGUUGGUUUCUAACUAUUUAAACCAGUUUCUUAAAUAAAACUAUUUCUUUUAUCAUUUGUUUUGUCUCAGCCCGGUGUAAAGUUAAGUAUUUAAGCCUCAUUUCUCUCCCAAGGCAGCUAUCAGCUUCAUAUUUAAUAAAAUAAAACUCUAAAUAAUUGGUAGUAGACCAGUGUAGUUGUUCCUUGACUUUACCUUUAACCUAUAGGGCUGAUCCUGAAACAAGGGCGGGUUCAAACUGCAAUUGUAAAUGUAUUAUCCUAUUAACCAAUGUGACAUAAUGGCCUUUGCUCUGGCACCAUCAUCAGGCCAAAUUUGGAAACUGUAUCACUUUAUAGAGAGAAAUUUUAGAGUCAGCAAUCAGAUAUGGGAGAAAACUAACCAAGGUGUGAGCAACAUGGAGGGUAUUUCACUGUGUGUUGGCUUGAACUAAUAGCGCAAAGGAGCCCCAUAAUGAGCUGAAUAGUCACCUUUAACUGUCAGUCACAUAUUAACCGCUCUAUCAUGGCUUCUUGGUUUAAAUUAACUCUCCAUGUGUGGAACCUAUUAAACUCAAACCUUUUGAACCCAAAAAGCAUAUAAUAACAAAUUCAGACUCAGUCUCUCCAUUAUUCGCACAUCAUUAAUUGGUUUUUGAGAUAUGCGAGAGAGUGAUAAGUGACUCAGUGAAAUGUGACAGACUCCUUUUGUCAUCCGCUAUAACCUCAUAUAUAUAUAUUACUGUUUGUUUCCUCUAUAGAAACAACACGACAGAUGACUCACUCCAAGUCAACACCAAGAGUCACAGAGGCCGUCAGAGCUGACUGCAGAUGGCCUUUACUUCCCACAAGAUGAACCUUAGUGUUACAGAGGUGUUUCCUUUAAUGGAAUAUCUUGUUAAUUGUAUCAUUUUCUCACUCUUUCCAGUUCAGAGGGUUUACAGGAUAUUGUACUCAUUUUGAUAAACAUUACAGAUGUUGAGGCACAAUUUUGCAUUGCA